AACAUCAAUUGAUUCCCAGGAUCAUUGUCAAUUUAUUUUGCAAUUGCAUGCAAUUAUAUCGCACUCAUUAUUGUGCAACAGCAGUGUGUGACUGCUGUACAAACAUUUGAUAACUUAUUAUGGUGGUUACAAUCGGCGAUAAGAUAUCUCCACUGAGAUUGUGACAGCUCAUCGGCCACAAAGGUUCAAUUGAUAACCACCUUGACCGACGUUUCGACUUGAUAUAUUCCCCAUCUCCGCCUGCCGAACCACUAGUACGACGAGACUUGACUUCCCACUCAUAAAUAAUGCCGUACCUCAAAUCCGACAGCGUACAGGGCCACCAAGCCGACAAUGCCUUUGAGAAACUUGUCAAAGACCUCAGUGCUGCUCUCGGCCCAAUGUCGGGUCUGGACUCCGAGGAUGUAGAUCCUCUUGACAUUCAACGUUUGAUGGAGAAGUACGCCUCCGAUGAGACGGAGUGGAAUGUAUACGCUUUGGCGGAUCCGAGCAGAUCAUAUACGCGAAAUCUGGUUGACGAAGGGAAUGGAAAAAGCAAUUUGCUUAUCCUUGUCUGGUCCCCUGGUAGGGAAAGUGCAAUUCAUGAUCAUGCUAACGCCCAUUGUGUUAUGAAGAUUCUCAAAGGCUCUCUAAAAGAAACCCUCUUCUCAUGGCCGGAAAAGACUAACACACCCAACGCCCCCUUACAAAUCACCAAGGAAACCGUCUAUGGCGAGAAUCAAGUAACAUACAUGUCUGACCAGCUCGGAUUACAUCGUAUAUCAAAUAUGGACCCCGAUAACUAUGCUAUUUCCCUCCAUCUCUACACACCGCCCAACGCGGCCAAUUACGGCUUCUCGAUAUUCGACGAAAAGACCGGUAAAUCAAGUCAUAUCAAACAAUGCGAUUUCUAUUCUCGUGGAGGCGAGAAAGUCUAACCCUUUCCCCCCUUCUUUCAUAUUUUGGUUGUUUUCGGUCAUGUAUAUUCGAUAAUUUAGGAGCAAAUAAAUGAUUUUGAUUAUAGUCAAUAUGAUGAUCGACUGUUUGUGCGUCAUGGGACAAAAUCAAUGUAUGCAAAUAACGGUAAAAACAUGCUUUGGUCCCAAUCAUGAGAUAUACACAAUAUAUACAAAGUUGCAAUGAUAGAAAGACAUGUGAAAGUAUAACUUCAAAUGAAAACGAUGAUAGCUCGGAUUCACUAACCAUAAAAUCACAUAGUUGUACACGGAAUGCACAUUGUCAGAAGUGAUGUGCCAUGAUAUGUAUGUAGGCAUGUUAGUCUGGCGGUGUCGACAUAUAUUGAAUAACUGUGUACGGGAAGGAGAAGGCAUAAUAUAUGGAUUGCGACAAAGACCUGAAUGUGUCUGACUGACCCACUAGUUAUCAGCUCUAGACCGCUGUUCAGUCUCGUCGGACGACUCUGUUUGCCCCUGAAGACUUGUAGUCGUCGUCUUGAAGAGUUCUAACUGGCGCUGCCGUAACUCCUCUAGUCGAUCGAGCGGGUUCUGUAAUUUUCCAGUAUGAGUAGAUUGCGAUCAGGAGUUGCAAAAACGCAUCGGUCGUGACACCCACCCAGUCGCAUUGGUUUGGAACUCCCUCAGCAAUAGGAAAUUCACUUGACUCCUGCUGCUGCCCCUCUUGACAAUCCCAAAAGGAGCGGCGUAUUGGUGCUGGCGUCACUGGAAGACUGGGCCGAUCUACUUCCGUUGGGAAGUCUGUGAGCUUGAGGCUUUGAGGUCUUUUAGUGCUGCCUGCUUUGCCACCACGGCCAUUUGUAGUCUUUUUAGACCGCUGCUGUAUAGCGUCAAUAUACUUGUUUAUCUCGGGAACUUCAUCCCAUGCGUUGCCUCUUGCAAAAGUUUCCCAAGAUUUUGCUGGUACAAAAUCUGGGGUGGUGUAUUCACUAAUGGCUGUAAUGCCCGAUAAGGGCUGUUGGGGUUGCUCGGGUAGCCGGGGUUCAGU